AUGCCUUUCAACCUCCGAGCACGCGGCUUAGUCCUAUAUAAUAUCUUCUGUGUAUUAGCACUAAUCUUCAACCAAUACGCGAACCUGGUCGGCGCCCAAGUUUUGGGUUGGAAGUUCUACAUUAUCUACAAUGUCUGGAUCUUUAUUGAGUUGAUUGGUGUCUUCUUCCUCUUUGUAGAAACAACGGGAAAGACGAAUUUGGAAGAUGUUGCAGCUAUCUUGGAUGGGGAAAACGUAGAACCUCCGUUGGAAUUAACUAACAAGGGCAAAACUGAGAACGCAACCAUAGCUGUAGCUAAUACUCGCCAGAAAUAG